CGAAGAUGUCUGCAAACGAGGGUUCACCGUCAUCAUUGAUAUGAGGGGCUCAAAAUGGGACCUGAUCAAGCCCCUCCUGAAGACCCUUCAGGAAGCCUUCCCUGCAGAAAUUCAUGUUGCCCUGAUAAUCAAGCCCGAUAACUUCUGGCAGAAGCAGAAGACAAAUUUUGGAAGUUCAAAAUUUAUCUUUGAGACAAGUAUGGUCUCAGUUGAAGGCCUAGCGAAGCUGGUCGAUCCCUCCCAGCUAACAGAGGAGUUUGAAGGAUCCUUGGAUUACAAUCACGAUGAAUGGAUAGAGUUGAGGGUCUCCUUGGAAGAGUUUUUCAAUAGUGCCAUCCAUUUGUUGUCUAGGCUAGAGGACCUUCAGGAAAUGUUGGCCAGGAAAGAAUUUCCGGUGGACGUUGAAGGCUCAAGAAGACUGAUAGAUGAACACACACAGCUAAAGAAGAAAGUAAUUAAAGCUCCAGUGGAAGAAUUGGACCGUGAGGGUCAGAGGUUGUUACAGUGCAUAAGGUGCAGUGAUGGUUUUUCUGGGAGGAACUGCAUUCCCGGCAGUGCGGACUUCCAAAGUCUUGUGCCAAAGAUCACUAGUCUCUUGGACAAACUACAUUCAACACGGCAACACUUGCAUCAGAUGUGGCAUGUCCGCAAACUGAAACUGGACCAGUGCUUUCAACUUCGACUCUUUGAGCAAGAUGCAGAAAAGAUGUUUGACUGGAUUAGCCACAACAAAGAAUUGUUCCUGCAGAGUCACACUGAAAUUGGAGUGAGCUACCAACAUGCCCUUGAUUUACAGACGCAGCACAACCACUUUGCUAUGAAUUCCAUGAAUGCCUACGUGAAUAUCAAUCGCAUCAUGUCAGUCGCAUCUAGGCUUUCAGAGGCUGGCCAUUACGCAUCUCAACAAAUUAAGCAGAUCUCCACCCAGCUAGAUCAAGAGUGGAAGAGCUUUGCCGCAGCACUGGACGAGCGCAGCACUAUACUGGCCAUGUCUGCCGUGUUUCAUCAGAAGGCUGAACAGUUCCUCUCUGGUGUAGAUGCCUGGUGCAAAAUGUGCAGUGAAGGAGGCCUCCCAUCAGAAAUGCAAGGCCUGGAACUGGCCAUCCAUCAUCAUCAGUCCCUAUAUGAGCAGGUCACCCAGGCCUACACGGAGGUGAGCCAGGAUGGAAAGGCUUUACUGGAUGUCCUGCAGCGUCCCUUGAGCCCUGGGAACUCUGAGUCUCUCACUGCCACAGCCAAUUAUUCCAAGGCUGUUCACCAGGUUUUGGAUGUGGUCCAUGAAGUCUUGCAUCACCAGCGUCGUUUGGAGAGCAUCUGGCAGCAUCGGAAGGUCCGGUUACAUCAGAGGCUUCAACUGUGUGUUUUCCAGCAAGAUGUUCAGCAGGUGUUGGACUGGAUUGAAAACCAUGGGGAAGCCUUUCUCAGCAAACACACUGGAGUGGGAAAGUCCCUUCACAGGGCACGAGCUCUUCAGAAAAGACACGAUGACUUCGAAGAAGUAGCACAGAAUACCUACACUAAUGCAGACAAGCUACUGGAAGCUGCAGAGCAGUUGGCUCAAACUGGAGAGUGUGACCCUGAAGAGAUCUACAAGGCAGCGCGGCAUCUUGAAGUGAGGAUUCAGGACUUUGUCAGAAGAGUAGAACAGAGAAAACUUCUUUUAGACAUGUCUGUCUCCUUCCACACUCACACUAAAGAGCUGUGGACAUGGAUGGAAGAUCUGCAGAAGGAGCUCUUGGAAGAUGUCUGUGCAGACUCUGUGGAUGCUGUUCAGGAACUCAUUAAGCAGUUCCAGCAACAGCAGACAGCUACCUUAGAUGCGACCCUCAAUGUAAUCAAGGAAGGUGAAGAUCUAAUCCAGCAGCUCAGGGAUUCAGCUGUCUCGAACAAUAAAACGCCGCACAAUAGCUCUAUCAGCCACAUUGAAUCCGUCCUUCAGCAACUUGAUGAAGCCCAAGUACAGAUGGAAGAACUCUUCCAUGAGAGAAAGAUUAAGCUAGACAUCUUUCUUCAGCUUCGGAUUUUUGAACAGUAUACCAUUGAGGUGACGGCUGAAUUAGAUGCCUGGAAUGAGGACUUGCUAAGGCAAAUGAAUGAUUUCAAUACGGAGGACUUGACUCUAGCAGAGCAGCGCCUGCAGCGACACACGGAACGGAAGCUGGCUAUGAACAACAUGACCUUUGAGGUCAUCCAGCAAGGGCAAGAUUUGCACCAGUACAUUAUGGAAGUCCAGGCCUCAGGCAUUGAAUUGAUCUGUGAAAAGGACAUCGAUUUGGCCACACAAGUACAAGAGCUGCUGGAGUUCCUUCACGAAAAGCAGCACGAGCUGGAGCUCAAUGCUGAUCAGACACACAAGCGGCUAGAACAGUGCCUUCAGCUCCGGCACCUGCAGGCAGAAGUCAAGCAGGUGCUCGGCUGGAUUCGGAAUGGAGAGUCAAUGCUCAAUGCCAGCCUUGUCAAUGCGAGUUCCCUGUCAGAAGCUGAGCAGCUCCAGAGAGAGCACGAGCAGUUCCAACUAGCUAUAGAGAAGACACACCAGAGUGCCCUUCAGGUGCAGCAGAAGGCAGAGGUACUGCUACAGGCUGGGCACUAUGACGCCGAUGCCAUCAGAGAAUGCGCAGAAAAGGUGGCAAUGCACUGGCAGCAGCUCAUGCUGAAGAUGGAGGACAGGCUGAAGCUGGUUAAUGCCUCUGUUGCUUUUUAUAAAACCUCAGAACAGGUUUGCAGUGUGCUGGAGAGUUUGGAGCAAGAGUAUCGAAGGGAUGAAGAUUGGUGUGGAGGCCGGGAUAAGCUUGGACCCGCGUCUGAGAUAGAUCACGUCAUCCCCUUAAUCAGCAAACACCUGGAACAGAAGGAAGCCUUUCUCAAGGCCUGCACUCUAGCACGAAGGAAUGCAGAAGUGUUUCUCAAGUACAUUCACCGAAACAAUGUCAGCAUGCCAGGUGUGGUGAGCCAUACAAGGGGACCUGAGCAACAAGUUAAAGCCAUUCUAAGUGAGCUGCUGCAGAGGGAAAACAGAGUUCUUCAUUUCUGGACGUUGAAGAAGCGGAGAUUAGAUCAGUGCCAGCAGUACGUGGUCUUUGAGCGUAGUGCUAAGCAGGCCUUAGACUGGAUCCAAGAAACAGGAGAGUAUUAUCUCUCUACUCAUAACUCCACAGGGGAAUCAGCAGAGGAAACUCAGGAACUUCUGAAAGAAUAUGGGGAAUUCAAAGUACCUGCCAAGCAAACCAAGGAGAAAGUGAAGCUUCUCAUUCAGCUGGCUGAUAGCUUUGUAGAGAAAGGACAUACUCAUGCCACUGAAAUUAGAAAAUGGGUUACCACCGUGGACAAACGCUAUCGGGACUUCUCGUUGAGAAUGGGGAAAUAUCGCUACUCUUUGGAGAAAGCUCUUGGAAUCAAUACAGAGGAUAAUAAGGACCUGGAGUUGGACAUCAUUCCAGCAAGUCUGUCAGAUCGUGAGGUGAAGCUACGCGAUGCCAAUCACGAGGCUAAUGAAGAAAAAAGGAAGUCAGCCAGAAAGAAAGAAUUCAUCAUGGCUGAACUGCUUCAGACUGAGAAGGCAUAUGUCAGGGAUUUACAUGAAUGUUUAGAGACAUACCUUUGGGAGAUGACAAGUGGAGUGGAAGAGAUACCCCCAGGGAUUCUUAACAAAGAACACAUAAUUUUUGGCAACAUCCAGGAGAUUUAUGACUUUCAUAACAACAUUUUUCUGAAAGAACUAGAAAAAUACGAACAACUCCCUGAAGACGUGGGCCAUUGCUUUGUCACCUGGGCAGAUAAAUUUCAGAUGUAUGUCACCUACUGCAAAAACAAGCCCGAUUCCAGCCAGCUGAUCCUGGAGCAUGCAGGAACAUUCUUUGAUGAAAUUCAACAAAGGCAUGGCCUGGCCAACUCCAUUUCCUCAUACUUAAUCAAACCUGUCCAAAGAAUAACCAAGUACCAGCUUUUAUUGAAGGAGCUUUUAACAUGCUGUGAAGAAGGGAAAGGAGAGCUUAAGGAUGGUUUGGAAGUGAUGCUCAGUGUCCCUAAGAAAGCCAAUGAUGCCAUGCAUGUCAGCAUGCUGGAAGGGUUUGAUGAAAACUUGGAUGUUCAGGGUGAACUAAUCCUUCAGGAUUCCUUCCAAGUGUGGGAUCCCAAGUCUCUUAUCCGGAAGGGUCGUGAAAGGCACUUAUUUCUCUUCGAAAUCUCUCUUGUCUUUAGCAAAGAGAUCAAAGAUUCUGCAGGACACACGAAAUAUGUUUACAAGAACAAACUACUGACCUCAGAACUGGGAGUGACAGAGCAUGUGGAAGGAGACCCCUGCAAGUUUGCCUUAUGGUCUGGGCGGACUCCCUCCUCAGACAACAAAACGGUGCUGAAAGCGUCCAGUAUUGAAACAAAACAAGAAUGGAUAAAAAACAUCCGGGAAGUGAUACAGGAAAGGAUGAUACACUUGAAAGGAGCUUUGAAAGAGCCAAUACAGCCCCCCAAGACUCCAUCAAAGCAGAGAAACAACAGUAAGAGAGAGGGAGGAGAAGAUGCCGACAGUCAAGGAGACGGGAGCAGCCAGCCGGACACAAUUUCAAUUGCAUCCCGGACCUCUCAAAAUACAGUGGACAGUGACAAG